AUGCACCAGGGCGGCGCCCGGCGCGUCCUCGCCCCCCUCAAGCGGACCUCCGCCGACCCCGUCGGCGUGCCGCCGCCGCCGCCGCCGCCGAAGCUGCGGAGCUACAAGGAUUUUAUCAACCGCACCGUCUUCACGAUUGCCAUGGCCUACGUCUUCCUCGUGCUCAUCUCGCUGGGGGUGGUGGUGGUCAUCCCGCUCGUCAUUGCCCUCCUGUGCACCAUGUUCUACGAGAUUACCCGAAUAAACCAGCGCGUGCGGAAGGACCGGCAACUUGUCUCGAUCCUGCCCCUGAAGCUCUGGUUCCUCGGCUCCACCCUGUUUUUGGUGACGGUUCACAGCAUCCGUGACCCCAUGUUGGCGACGUUCCCGUGGCUCGCGAAGUACUACGCCAACUUUGGCAUGUUUGCGUUCGGCCUCCCCAUGAUUGGCAUCGUCGGGUUUGUGCUGAGCCUGCGAAAAGGCAUGUACCGCUACCAGUUCAUCCAGUUCACCUGGAUCGUGAUGACGCUGCUGUUCAUCGUCAUACAGGGCGGGAUUCAAAUAAAGAACAUGAUGCGCGGCAUGAUCUGGUUCCUGCUCCCCGUAAGCUGCGUCGUGAACAACGACAUCUGGGCCUACGCCUUCGGCAAAUUCUUCGGGCGAACGAUGCUCCUCGCGCUUUCACCGAAGAAGACGGUGGAGGGUUUUCUGGGUGCCUUUGUCUUCACAAUGGCGUGGGCGUUUUGGUUUGCCGGCUUUCUUGGCUACUUCCCAGAGCUGUACUGCCCAAAGGUGGACUUUCACUCGCCGAUGCACUGCGAGAAGGAUCCGUUGUUUGUGCAGCGGGCGUUUGUCCUGCCGUCGUGCAUUCAAAAGCUGACGGGAAACUACGUAAAGACUAUCCAGUGCUCCAAGGCGCAGCAGCACGCCCUUGUGCUGGCGGCGUUUGCCUCCUUGCUGGCCCCCUUUGGCGGGUUCUUUGCCAGUGGGCUAAAGCGGGCAUUUAAACUAAAGGAUUUCGGCGACCUCAUUCCCGGCCACGGUGGCAUCACGGACCGCAUGGACUGCCAGGGAAUGAUGGGGGUUUUUACCUAUGUCUACCUAAUGAGUUACGUAUAUUCCGACGCGAGGUGUCCUUCCCUACCUGACUUGAGCAGCUGCGUGCUGCGGUUGAGCGACGACGGGAAGUUGCGGCUGCUGCGCCUGUUGAACGAGUCCCUGACGAGAGGCGUGUAA